AUGUCAUGUGAUGUCCCUAUUUCCGAUCAACAAGAUAGAGGUGAGACGAACAAACCCAGUAAUAUAGGACUACUCGCAAUGAUUACACUGCUUUCAUUCAUCGGAGUGGUCGCUGUAAUGUUUGCCACGAAUGGCGUCACGUCACUACCAGUGGAUUUGGCCAAGAAAUCCUCAAACGAUUGCGGCAAGUCUGUAGUCUGCAAUUGUAAUUUCCAUGCCAAUGGGAAUGCCGGGGAAUCGGGUGUCGUUAUUGCAGAGAUAAAAGAGUUAAAAACUAAAAUGGAGCACCUUAUUGCGAUUGUAAACGCAACAACCCUUCUGAAACCACUACCUACAACACCAGGUAAAAUAAUUCAAUCUUAUUUAGUAAUAACCAUUGCGGUUUCUGAGUUUCUGCUUUAUUUUACAUUGAAGGCGUUCCUGUUUCUUCGUGCAAGGAACAAUACGAUAAAAACAAGUAAGAACAUAUAAAAACACCUAUGCUGUAAUCUGUCACUGUAGGUUUAAACUGCGAGAUGUAUCAAAAUCCGAAACAACAGAAGGAAAACGCCAAAUCAAGCGAAAUGAGAAUAAGGAAGUGAAAGAGAGCACGUGAGAAUUUUGACAGAUCUGAAAUCCCUUUAUCAUAUAUCCCCAUCAAAAGCUUAAUUGUUGGUCCCUUCAGGGGUUACCACAGGUGUUACGGGGUGGGGACGCGAUAAAUAUGUGUGUAUAUGAGUGUAUUCAUUCGUUUCAAGUGGAGGAAAGGCUGAUUCAUGUAAAAGAAAAUGCGGUUUCAACCGAAAUAUCCGGAUACUUGUGGAAAUGGCCUAAGUUCUGCGUGACGGGGUACUAAAAGGUGUGCAACCAGUAAUUAUACAUAUUUGGAAGUAGGUUGAGUUUGAUCGUCUGGGUGAACGUAGUCCUGAAUAGGACUGUUGUUGUUGACAGUGACUGACGUUUCGACAACCUGUGCGGUAGUCAUCUUCAGAGUCAAAGUGAGUUGUAUCACGUCAGUUGAUUGUAUUAUACUCUGGUUAUUGAUCUGAUUGGUCAAUUACGUCAAUUACUUUCACAGUUAUACAUAUUUGACCACUGUUUCAUCUAAUCAAACAGUCUUUUUAAAAGUUGAUUCCCAUUGUCUGCCUCCCCUGAAACAGGUCAUUGAUUGGUCAAGUAUACAAAAUUAACUUUGGUUCACAAGAACUUCCUGUGUAUUGUCAUAUGGGAGACUUUGGAUGCGGUGAUGGAGGAUGGACAAUGGCCAUGAAGAUUGACGGCUCUAAGGUGAUCCACCGAUAUUUUGAUAAGCCAUUUUCACCGCAGCGUCAUUUUCGGGGAAGACCCCAUGUUAAAGGGGCGGAGCCACUCGCCGGAAUACUGGGAUUAGACCCCCAGAGGAGACCAAUAGAUAUCAGCUGCACAAGGCAAUAAGACUGGAGGGCGCUGUUGGGGUGUGGCCAAUCCCCAUAAUCAGCUAGAAGCUCUUCCUCCGAGCUCCAAUAUCAUAAAAUGCCAGCGUUAGUCCCGCGAAUGUACAUCCCCUUGAUCAUAAUCUGAAGGAGGUAUGAGAGCCCACAAAAAAAGGCAGGCGCAAUCGAGGUCCUUUCUCGAAUCUGGGUGAGGCAUCUAUCUGACCGUUUUAAGGCGCAGUUUCCUCGAUUCCUUGCUGCAGAGGCACCCAAACUCGUUGCUACAUCCUUUGCCCACAGUAACUAACUGUUACCAACGUCAAUAAACAGUAAUUAGAAAACGAAAGUUCUAGCUCAAAAUUGUUUUACGAAAUCAUAGAAAAACAUCGAGGGUGUGGCGUGCACGCCAAACCCCCAGCUUUAUUGAGGGCUAAAUCAGGCUCCUGACCCAGUGAGGCAAACUAACGUUCGCUUAUUAGCUUCACCAAGUUAACAAAACAAAGCCACAAAGUUGUCUUAGUUCCUUCCUUCAUAAAAAUGAUUCAUCCCCUUUUUAAAUUUUAGCAAACCUUCCACUACGAUUCGCAGUUUUGGAGCAACAAAGGUACAUUUAACCUUGAGGGAGGGAAGACUAGUUUUGACCAUCAGGAGACCAAGCUGCCAUCUUAUUGGAGCACACCCUUCUCCAAGAUCUGCCUUGGUAUGAAGCUCGGCCAUGAUAUAAACCUCAUUGUCCUGCACAAGAAAGCUAACUCUCUUUUCUCUCUGAUCGCUGACGGCGUGUACCGCAUCACCACAAUGGGUCGCAACACGUGGAAGAAGCUUAUUGGGGCACAGGCCUCCUUGCAACGAAACUGUAACAAGGAGGGUUUUAACGCGAUAUCAAACAACAAAAGAAAUUCCAGGGUCAGAAUAGGCAUUGCGAGUAACCAACAAAAUGACUGCUCUGGUUCUGAAUCUAGAAUAGGCUUUGGUGGGGCUGGGUACCCUGUGGAUUCUAACACGUGUGGAAACGAGGCAGUAGCCAGUCCAGAUAACGGAGACAAACAUAUAAAGACGAUGGGCUACAUAUUAGUUCAGUAA